AAAGCGCGGGGCCCCGCGCCGCCUCCGCUCCGCCGCCGCCGCCGGGAGGGACGCCGGGACUCCGCCAGGGCACCUGCCGCCGCCGCCGGACCCGCGCCCCCGGCCCCCGCCCAGCCCGGACCCCGCCGUCGGGGCCGCCAUGCCGCGCGCCUUCCUGGUGAAGAAGCCGAGCGUCCCCACGUGCCGCCGCCGCUGGAGCGAGCUGCCCGACGAGCAGCGCGGGGAGAUCUACGUGCCAGCCUGGGCUUCUGCCCGCUGCAGCCCUACCGGGAGCCAGAGCCAUCAGUGGCCGAGCCCCCUGCCUGCCCCCUGGCCGUGGACGUGAGCCUGCCCAACUCCAGCUACCACGUGGCCCCCGGCCCCUGCGUGGUGGCCCAGCUGCCCUCGGAGGACACAGGCCGCUUGGCCGACGCCCAGAGCACAGACCAUGGCUUCCUGCGCAGCAAGAUGAAGGUGACCCUGGGGGACAGCCCCAGUGGAGACCUCUUCACCUGCCACAUCUGCCAGAAGGCCUUCACCUACCAGCGCAUGCUCAACCGCCACAUGAAGUGUCACAACGACGUCAAGCGCCACCUGUGCAGCUACUGCGGCAAGGGCUUCAACGAUACCUUCGACCUCAAGAGGCACGUGCGCACCCACACGGGCGUGCGGCCCUACAAGUGCAGCCUGUGCGACAAGGCCUUCACGCAGCGCUGCUCACUCGAGUCGCACCUGAAGAAGAUCCACGGAGUGCAGCAGAAGUACGCCUACAAGGAGCGGCGCGCCAAGCUCUACGUGUGUGAGGAGUGCGGCUGCACGUCCGAGAGCCAGGAGGGCCACGUCCUGCACCUCAAGGAGCACCACCCCGACAGCCCGCUGCUGCGCAAGACCUCCAAGAAGGUGGCCGUGGCCCUGCAGAACACCGUCACCUCGCUGCUGCACGGAGGCCACCUCUGAGCGCCUGCCCGGCCUGCCAGCACGCUGCCACUCGGGUCCCGGGCAGAGGUCGGGCGGGGACUCGAGCGGGGCCAGGAGAAAGGACUCUGCGGCCCCUCGGCCUCUGGAGCCAAGGGGCCCCCAGACUGUGGGAGAGCAGCCCCCCCGCCGAGGACAGAAGUGAGGGGCCGCCCGCCCCUCGGUGCAGCUCGCACUCAGGGCCCCACCACACACCUCCUUCCUCAGAAACAGCCACAAGGUGCCGAGGAGUCAGAUUCCCUUUUUUAAAAGAUGACACAUGUACAGAUAUUAAUAUAUAUCUAUCUAUCUAUAUACAUGUUGGUGCUGCUGCUGACUUUUUUUUACGAUGACUUUUUUUAAAGAGAGGACGGAGCUGGCUUCCCUCCCUCCCAUGCUCCUCUGUUUACCUGGGAAAUUUCACCUCCUCCCUCGGCCCCAGCUGCCCCGGCAUGGCAUGACCAGAUCCACACUGUGCUUGCAGUCCUUCCCCUCCUGCCGUGCCCCCUCCGGGACCCUCCCAGAGCCCCCGUCUCCUGAAAACCACUUACCGCUCUGGGGUGCAAGGCUGGCCAGCUGUGGCUGCCGGGGUUGGCCAGGCGAGGGAAUGAGUCUUCCGCCGAAGUUCUGGAAGGAGGGAGCAUGGUGCCUGACUGCAGGCUUGGUUCUUUUCUGGGGAGAUCCCAGAACCCUACAACAGUGAUGGGUGGAACAGCUAGGCUGUGUAGUCCCCAGACAAACCUGGGGCAGGGGUAGCAGGCGGCUGGCUGCGGCCUGACCUCCUCUCCUGACUUUCCUAGACCUCAGGGGCCCUGAGCACCCAAGGAGCCACCCCGAAGCUGCCGGCUGCACCCCAGGGCCUCAGUCAGGCUCCUCGGCAGCCGGGGCUCUUGCUCAUGACUGGAGGGCGUGCAGUGGGGCAGGGAGACAGGCAGGAACGAGACGGCGCCUGAGAGCACAGCAGCAGGCCGGCUUCCUGGAAGCCACUGCAGGGCCGGCCUCACCCGGGUCCGCCUUGGCCAGGAGUCCAGGCGUGCUGCGGGGACCCUUGUUGACACCUGGAAGCUCCAAGCUCGCUGCCUCCUGGGGCCUCAGGCUCUCUGGGGUCUGGCUUCUUUUACUGACCGCCCCCACGCAUACCGUUAAAACCAAUGAACUGUC